UUUGGCAUCUUCUCAAUCCACCAACGAGUGGGAGAAAGGGGGCGAGCGGCUGCGUAUUUAUCAACUCCUAUUGUCUUGUUGAGGCAAUUAUGUCCUGUCCCGUCACAUGCCUGUUGCUCAUAUAUCCCUCGCCCCUUCAACGACGCCGUGCCACUCGCAGCCCGGCAUCGUUGCAAGUACGCGCUCACUUACACCGUAGACGCACCCCCCUCCUUAAGAAUAUCGCUCAUAACCACCUCACACCGACCUGCCUGUGCCCCUCUUGCCGCGUCUAGCCACGCAUUCCAUCGCCCAACCUUGCCGACAUGCGCUUGACCUUGCCCCUGCUCCCUAUCCUCACGCUUCCCCGGGUAUCCUGCUCGUACUCUAUCCUCGACGGCCUCGUUCGCCCACGGACAUGAUCCGUGGGGCUGCCUCCCGCCCGUCAAUUCCCUCAUACUACCAUCGUCGUCCCUUGCCCUCGUCCAACGCACGCACGCACCCCCCGCAACAAACAUCAUGACCUGUGGUCUCCUCCGAUGCUGACACCCCCCUGGUGAGCGCAAGAUAGAUCAGAUCGAGUCCCGCCUCGGCAACAUCGAGACGCUCCUCAAGGCGCUCGCCUCGCCCGCCGCGCCGUCGUCGGCCCUCGUCGUCGACCAUGCCCGCUCCGGCAGCGUCAGCCUCAGCGGCAACACCUUUGUCAACACGCCCGGCACCGGCACCGGCAGCAGCAGCGCUCCCACCGGCGCGUCCACCAGCGCUGCCGACUAUGAGAGCAGCGAAGAGGAGUCUGCGUUUGGCGGCGACAGCGGCCUCACGGCGCACACGGCCUUUGCCUCCGAGUUUCUCGAGCGCGCCGUGAAGCGCACCUCCCUGCGCGAGGUCAACCCCAAGAUGGAGGCCGCCCUGGCCAACCUGAGCCAGCUCGUCGAGAUGCAGAAGCGCCGCUCCAUCAGCCACGGCCCGCGCUUCCCGCUGCAGAAGCCCGUGCCCCCGGGCGGCAUCUGCAAGCUGCCCAUGCCGCCCAUGGACGCCGUUGUGAACCUCCUCAAGCACGCCAAGGCCGCGCCGCCGACCCUCUUCACCAUCAUGUGUUCGCUCGUGGGCCUGUCCGACUUCUCGAGCCUCUGUCGCAUGGUGUACUUUGCAACCGAGGACUUUUCCGAUGCCACCUUUGUCAUCGUCAACGCCAUGCUGUACAACCUCUUCAUGGAGCAGCACUCGCUCGCGACGGAGCCCGUGGCGCGCGACGAGUACCACUCAUACAUGCAAAUGUGCCGCGCCAAUCUCGAGACGAGCCUCGCCAACACGCCGCUGUUUCUGUCGUCCAAGGUGGAGAAUGUGCAGGCCCUCCUGCUUGGGGCCCUCUACGCCGUUGACGUGUCGCGACCGUCCGUCGCCUGGCAUCUGAGCUGCAUGGCUGCCCAGCUCUGCCAGACGGCCGGCUACCACCGCUCCGAGACGCUCAAGCAGGACCCGCCCGCCACGGCCAAGCUGAAGCGCAUCCUCUUUUGGCACGUCUACACGCUCGACAAGGGCCUCGGCCUGCGCCUCGGCCGCGCGCCCGUCAUCCAUGAGUGCGACAUCGACAUCCCGCGCGUCUUCGAGUUUGACGGCUUCGGCCACUUCGAGUCGUCAACGAUACCGACGCUGUGGGUCAAGAUCAGCCACCUCCAGAGCCGGAUAUACGAGCAGCUGUACAGCCCCGCCGCGCUGGCGAGCACGCAGGCCGAGCUGGUCGAGCGUGCCCAGGCCCUGGCCAAGGACUGCCGCCGGCUCGAGGUCGAGUCCGAGGAGUGCCGCGAGCAAGUGUACAACUAUCUCCGCGCCGUCAACUCGUCCGACGUCGUCGAUCUGUUCCUGCGGGGCGACGAGGUCCAGUUCCAGGUCACGCUGACCCUCGUGUACCGUGUCAUCCCCGCGCCCGAAGGGUCCGUGAGCCGCUUCUGCGACGAGUGCCUCGACGUCGCCCGCAAGGCUAUGAAGGUGCACCAGCAGUGCACGCAGUCGACGAACCUGGGCAGCUAUUUCAGGUCCAUUUACGUCCACUGGAACCUGCUCCUGACGCCCUUUGCCCCUUUCUUCGUCCUCUUCUGCUACAUCAUCGAGACGUCGUCGCUCGAUGACCUGAAGCUGCUACAGGAGUUUGUCACCUCGCUCGACGAAGCCCGAGACUCAUCCGAGACCAUCGAGAAGCUGUACCGCCUGUGUCAGGUCAUGUGCGACGUGGCGGCACUGUACGUCGAGGCCAAGUCACAGCAGCAAGAGGACCAGACCAUGGUGCCCAUUGGCGACGAAUUUGAAAUGUACUUAAGCCAGCUAGGCUUCAUGCCGUCCGAGGACCAGGCCAUGGCCCAGGCGCAGGAUAAUAGUGGCGGCCCGCCGGCCGUCAACGGGCAGGUGGCCCAGAUCGCAGACUGGUUCUCGGGCAACCGCAACAUGAUGGGCCUGCUCGAGGAAGAUCUAUCGCAGAUUGAGUCCUAUCGGUGGGGGAUGCAGCACCCCAAUAACAUGUAACGCCCCUGUGCGCCAACGCUUCCCGAGACAAAUGACCAUACCUCAAAUCAUCAUGACCUUCUGCGCCAUCG